AUGAAAAGGUUCAUUUCUUCGAGGGAUCGGUAUUCUAAAUCAUGUAUUCCGUUGGGUUUGAGGGGUUUGAACAAUUUGGGGAACACAUGUUUUAUGAAUUCUGUCUUGCAAGCAUUGCUUCAUGCUCCACCUUUGAGGAAUUACUUCCUUAGUGAUAGGCAUAAUCGAGCAAUCCGCAGGAAAAGAUCUUCAGAUCGCCGUUUGUGUUUACCUUGUGAUAUUGAUGUUAUUUUCUCAGCUUUUUUUUUUCUGGUGAUCGGACACCAUAUAGUCCAGCUCAAUUUCUUUACAGUUGGUGGCAGCAUCCAGAAAACCUUGCUAAUUAGGAGCAGCAUGAUGCCCACGAGUUUUUUUAUCUCUACGUUGGAUAGGAUCCAUGAGACGGAGGGCAAGGCAGGCCAUGUUAUUAGAGAUAAUGGGGAUUGCCCUUGUAUUAUCCAUAGAGCUUUUUCAGGCCUGCUGAGAUCAGAUUUGACCUGUACAUCAUGUGGGUUCACUUCCUCAACUUACGAUCCAUGUGUGGAUAUUUCUCUCGAUUUAGAUACAAGCAUUUCGGGUAGAGAUCCCGGUACGCUAAGUAAGCUGAAUGAGAGCAUAGUUAAAAAGUUGUCCAGAAAAAUUGAUGUUCAUUUGGAGUUUCCUUUCUCCUUAGAAAUGAAACCAUAUUUGUCAUCUUCAAUUGUCCGAAGAAGACUUGGAAACAGAAUGUUUGCAUUCGAGGAUGAUGACAUAGAUAUUAACACAAAAUUUGAGGUUUUUGCUGUGGUAACUCAUUCAGGGAUGUUAGAAUCUGGUCAUUAUGUGACCUAUCUGCGCUUGCAGAACCAAUGGUUUAAGUGUGAUGAUGCUUGGAUUACUAAAGUUAAUGAAGAGGUAGUUAGAGCAUCACAGUGCUAUCUAGUUUAUUAUGUGCAAAAAGUGCUAUACCACAAAGGAAGUGAGGACGUGAGUUGCCAGCCGCUGUCCUCCCAUGCUGAUGCAUUUGUUCCAAUUGCUGGUUGCUGCUAG